AUGAAAUCAUUUUCGGAUGGAGAAUUCGUUAAAGAGUGUUUGGAUGCUGUCGUGAAAGACAUUUUGCCAGAUAAAACUAAAAAGUUUUCAAACAUUAGCUUGUCACGUCAAACCAUAUGUCGCAGGGUUAAUGACAUUUCAAAUGAAAUUGUGGUGACUUUGCGUGAUCAAAUAAAAUAUUUCAAAAGUUAUUCUUUGGCCUUUGACGAAUGCACGGAUAUAUCAGACACGUCUCAACUUGUAGUAUAUAUUCGUGGAGUUACCGAAUCUUUUCAAGUGAAACAAGAAAUGCUUAACCUUGUCAGUUUGAAAGAUACUACAAAGGGCGAAGAUAUUUUCCAAGCUGUUAUGAAAUGUUUAUCCGACAAUGGAGCGAUUUAG